UCUCUCUCUCCCGUCUGGGUCCCCUCUCUUCCCCCUUCCUCCCUUGAGAGCCAUGUUUCCGUGUGUGACCAGCAGCUCCAGCAAGCAGGAUCAGGGGAGUCUGCCGACCGACGGAGUAGUAGCCUAGUACCGCUUUUUUUUUCGUUUCCCCUCCCCCUUUUCGAGGAGGAGAGACACAGACAGAGACGGAGAGAGACGGCAAAUGGACCUGGACACGGACGGCGUCGACUCCGGUGUCGGCAUCGGCACCGGCUCCAACGGCAACGGCAAUGCCAACGCCAAUGUCAGCGUGAAUGGGGGAAUCCGUCACCAUCCCGGCGUGCGCCGCUAUUCCCACUCACACCACAACGGAGGAGACCAGAACAGCGGAAGACAUGCUGGCAGCGGCAAUGGAAACGCGACAUCGUCGUCGUCUUCCAACGGUAACGGAACAGGGCCUGGUGGGAGUGGGAGUGGGAAUGGGAAUGGGCACACGAACGGCAACGGGAACGGGAAUAUCGAGCAGAACAUCACCAUCGCCAACAGCACCAACGGAACCCACCAGCACCAGCACCAGCACCAGCAGCUGGCAUCUCCGCCCCUCACACAUCCGUCGGCUUCGUCCAACCCCCCGGCAUCCUCUUCCUCGGCCGAGACGGCUCGACGCCGCCGGCACCGCGACAAGGAGCGCGUCCGCGUCACCCGCGCCUGCGACAGGUGCAAGAAGCGCAAGAUCCGCUGCACCGGCAUACAGCCCUGUGAGCUGUGCAUCCGCACCGAGUCCCACUGCACCUACAACGCGUCUUAUGCGCGAGGUCGACAGCCGCCCGUGGCCACUCGGGAGGAUGUCGCCCGAAUGGACCUCGACGGCCUCGACGUGUGCGUCUCGGACCCCAACGCCGCUGCCUCCGCGUCUGCCGGCGAGAACUCGUUGAGGAGGCCAUCGUCCUCCAUGCCUGUCGACGUCUCUGUGUCUGUCCCUGAGCCCGUUGACGCCUCUGCCCCCCAUCAUCAUCAUCAUCAUCAUCAUCAACAUCAUCAACAACAACAACAACAACAAAACCAUCAUAAUCUUCUUCACCAUCCUCAUCAUCAAGACAACGUCGACGACCAAGACGACGACGAAGACGACGACGACGACGAGGUCAUCAUGAAGAACGGCAUCACCACCGCCGCCAACACCACCACUAAUACCAACCUGACGGCCAUCGGCGGGCCUGGGGCGGCCGAGCCCCCGUCCCGGGCGUCUCCCGAGCCGACCCAGACCGACCUCCAGGGCCACUACGUCGGCCCCUCGUCCGGCGUGUCCUUUUUGCUGAGGGUCCAGAAGCGCCUCCACCAGGCCGUCUCCUUCUCGCAGGCGUCCUCCAUCUUCACCUUUGGCGAUGCGCCGCUGCCGGACUUCGACCCGAGCGGCGCCUUCUGCGUCCUGCUCUCCAAGGAGGAGGCCACCACCUUACUCAAGCGGUACUUCGACUUCGCCGUGCCGACGCACCGCUUCCUGCACCGCCCGACCGUCGAGGGCUGGCUCGAGGAGUUCUACAGCACCAUGGGCGCCAUGAGGAGCCAGGAGGACGCCCCCGCGCGCAGGGCGCUGCUGUUUAUGGUCUUUGCCCAGGCGCAGGAGUACAUGGGCACGACGCACUCGCGGGAAAAUGCAGAUGCGAGCGCUCGUUACUUCUUGGCCGCAGACCACCAGCUGUCCAAGGAGCGAGGCGCCGUCCGCCUCACCAGCGUGCAGGCCCGGCUGUGCCAGUGCUUCUGGCUGCUGUCCCAGUCGCGCAUCAACCACUGCUGGAGCCUCUUCGGCACCGCCGGCCACCUCGCCCUCGCCAUCGGCCUCAACCGCAACCGCCACGCCGACCCGGCCGGCGGCUACAACUACAUCGAGCUUGAGUGCCGCCGGCGCACCUUCUGGUGCGCCUACAGCCUCGACAACUACCUCAGCGCCGCCCUGGGCCGCCCGAGGACGUUCCACGAUGAGGACAUCGAUCAGGACCUCCCCUCGUGCUCCGAGGACGCGGACCUUCACGCCGAUCACAUCACGCCCCGGAUGGGCCGCGGCCAGUCCCUGAUGCUUGCCCCGGUCGCCCAUGUCAAACUCUCACGCAUAGUGAGCAUGAUCCUCAGGGAUCUCUACUCCAUACGCCCCUCGUCCUUCUCCAACCGGUGUGCACUGGCGGCCAAGUACUCGCAGAACCUCAAGCACUGGCGCGCCGAGAUGUCGCAGUUCCUCGACGACGGCGUCAACACGGCGCUGCUCAUCCCCAUCUUCCAGCGGCAGCGCAACGUGCUAAACCUGGCCUACUGGCACGCCAUGAUCCUCACGCACCGGCCGUUCCUCCUGAGCAACUUCGCCCGCCUGCAGCGUAGCGGCAACGGCAAAGGCCGGCGCCGCAGCGUCCCGCACAAGGACCAGACCGAGGAGAGCGUCCACGCGUGCCUAGACGCGGCGAUGCACGUCGUCGACACGGUUAACGACCUCAUCCAGGCCGGCCAGCUCUUCCGCGCCUUCUGGUUCACCUCCUACUUCGCCUUCUCCGCCGUCGUCAUCCUCUACGUCUACACCAUCCAACAGCGGACAGCGCCGGCCGAGACGUGGCAGGCCUACUUCAACGCCGCCUCGCGCUGCCAGACGCAGAUCGCGUCCCUGGCCGACAAUGAGUCGACCCUCGCGGCGCGUUACUGCCUCGUGCUCGAGGAACUGCGGACCGAGGCGCUGCGGCAGACGGACAGGCAGCAGCACGCCGAGAUGGUCGCCGCCGCCGCCGCUGCCGCCCACCAGAACGGCGGUGGAGGCAACAACAACUCGCUCGCCCGCGCUGGCGGCGGCGGCGGUGGCGUCGUCGUCGUGGCCGGGGGCGAGGACAUCCAGGGCCAGCAGCCCGAGAACCACCACCUUGCCGGUCUCAACUUCUCCGACGUGGGCCACGGCGAAGAGUUUGUGGGCUUCGACGCGAGCCCGAGCAGUUCCCUAGCCGACAUGACGAGCUGGGGCCAGUUCGACUCCAUGGUCACGUCUGGCUUUGGCGGGCUCGAAGCCUUACUUAACGACGACUCACUACGAUUUUAAUGCCCAUGAUCUCUUCGAGAAAGUUUUUUUUUCUUCCCCACCAAGUCACAGAGCAUCGCCUGUCGAUAUUGUCAAGUUGUUGUUUUCCAGCGGGCGUGAUUCCAACAUGGCGCCAAAAGAGGGGAAGUAAGUGACGGAGCGAGGGAGGGCAUCGUCGUGGGUUUUAUCCGGAGUUUAUACCUCAUAGUUCUUACGCGUUGUGUUUCUCUGUGUAUCUAAAUCACAUCAAUAGUGACACUCCAUGAGAAGCAUCUUGUUCGAUAUUCAUUCAUGUUUUACUGUCCCGUUCAUUACCUACAGAUACACCUCAUCUCAUGCUUUAGGACCACCACGCAUAUACACGCACACACACUUAUGAUGUCGCCGCCUCAAGACCCUCGAGGAUGGCCAGGACGCCCUCGGCUCCAGGGUCCGGCACCUUGCCCCAGGCCGACUCCUCGACGUAGACGGCGCGGCCGAGGGACGCCGCCAUGCCCUUGGUGGCCUCUACGCCCUUCCUCGCCGCCUCGACGGCCUCCUUGACGCUGCCCGAGCUCCCAAGGGUCCUGACGAACGGCUCCAGUGCGUCGAUGAGCGUCCUGUCGCCCUGCCUCGCCGGCGUCGCCUGCUGCAGCGUGUCCAGCGCGCCCGCGGCGACCUUUGCCCACGCGGCG